AAGCUGCAGCACACAGUAGAGGACUCGCUGUCCAGGUGCUGACAUGGAGAAGGUGAAUCCUGUAGAUGGGCCAGCAGAUGUUGACAGCUGAGUGGUUUCACCUCAGAAAACAUUGUACAGACUGUCACGAACACAGAGAAGCCCAGAGCCUGUGCACAUUCUGCAACAAGUGGCUGUGUUUCCAGUGCACCGACAUGCACCAGCAUCACCGGGCUCCCAGCUCCUUGCCACUGCUGGAGCUGGGCAGGAGACCUGCCCACAACGAGUCCAGCCGCUGGCCUGGUGGCAUCCUCCAGUGCCACUUUCACAGACAGGAGCCUCUGGACCUCUUCUGUGAGACUUGUGACAUUCUCUCCUGCAGCAGCUGCCACCUGACCACCCACAAGGACCACAGGUUAGUUCAUGUUGGGAAGGCUCUUCGAGAACAGCAGUGGCUCUUUGAGAACCUCUUGGUCCAGGUUGAAGACAAGAGGUCUGUUUUGGAGAACUCUGCCAAACAAAUUGAGGACAGGUUACAUGGAGUAAAGAUCAUGCAGAGGAAGGCAGAGAACCAGAUUAAAAUGGCAAAGAUGAUUAUGAUGAACGAGCUGAACAAACGCACCAACCUAUUAAUAGAGCAACUCGAGAAGAUCUCCAACGAGGUCAAGCAACACUUGGAGGACCAGCUGCAGGGGAUGAUAGAACUGUGCAGUCAGUUGGGCCACGUGCAGAACUUCAUCAGCUGGGCCAUGUCCCACCACCGCAGGAACCCGCUCCUCUUCAGCAAGGAGCUGAUCACUUUCCAGAUGCAGCGCUUGCUGGAGUCCCAGCUCCAUUGUGACAUUGGUCCUGCAGUGAAGAUCAAGUUCAACUGGGAUGCCAGCUUUUGGACCAAGCAGAUCUCCACUUUAGGCCAGCUGACCACAGAGGGUGGAUUUCAAACUCAUUCAAUGGGUGUGGCAUGCCCCAGCAUCCUGAAGCCCCAGCCACUCACCUGCACAACCCUGCCCACCUCCCUGUGUCACAGGGCCCUGGAGCAGGGCUGUGGAUUUCAGGCCUGCUUUCAGUCCCAGAUGUGCUGUCCCCAUUGUGUGAAUGUGCCCAGACCUCACUUUGACCUGCUGGUGGGGCACAGCAGGGGGUCACCAGGAGUGGGAGACAGGUGCCACCCUGUCAGACCGUAUCCCCCAGAGAGGUCUCAGCAGCAUAACCUGUUUCCACAGCUGAAGCAGCUAUGUGCCAUGCAUUCAGAAAAGAAACAGUUGGAGCAAAGACCCCACCUGGUCAGGUGCGCACAAAGCCCCAUACCUCUGCAGCGGAUGCAACCGGAGGGGCAGUGGGACCCCCAGAGCUCCUCAACCCUGGAUGCACACAUGCAGCAGCAGGACGUGGCGCAGACGCUGCAACCUGGGCCCGGCAUCCAGUUGUGCAGCUCCAGCAGUUUGCCACCCGGGUGGCUGCAGUCCACGCAGUCAAAUCCUGAGUUCCUGUUGCAGUCGCCUCAUAAGCCCCAAGUGGAGCAGCUACCCAGCAAGCAAAUCCAGGCAGCAGCUGCAGACCACAGUUUUACAGACCUGGACAAACUGCUGAUGCAGCCAGCUGCAGACCACAGCUUGGCAGACCGAGGCAGGUUGCAGGUGCAAUCAGCUGUAGACCACAGCAUAACAGACUCAGGAAGCCUGCAGAUGCAGCCAGCUGCAAACUUGGGCAGGCAGCAGGAGAAGGAGCAGACUUGCACGCUCCAGCAGCUGUCGGCCACCUCGGAACCGGGGACCAUUCAGGUCACGCGGGCUGAAGGGCAUCCAGCAGAAGCAGGACAGCUGCCCCUGAGCGGCAGUGACUGCAGGGUGUUCGCUUCACUAGAGAUGUCAACGCCGGCCCACGGGCUUCCCGGCAACAGACCCAGUGGACCCAGCUCACUGCGGGGGAGGAGAUCUGGGUCUCGGAACGCCCCAGCGGAACCAGUAACGCCACCUCCCAGCCUCCCCGGGGCCCAGCCCACAGGGGCCACCCACAGCCUAGCAACAGCAGCUGGGGAGCAGGGCUGCAUGGCAGGCCAGGAUGGGUGUGCUCCAGCCAGUGAGAGGAGGGGGAUGUUGGUCGGGGCAGAGGAGGAGCUGGCCCUGGUCGCUCCCACAAUCCCAACCUCCUGUGGCAGUCCCUCUGCCCAGCGCUCAUUCCCUCUGACCUGCAAGACAGAGCCAGAUAACAGUUACGAGUGUGAAGACAAUGGCAUGAAAGGAAAAGAAAGACAUGGAAAGACAGCACAUGAGAAUACCGGAGGCACUGGGGGACUCCAGAAGUUUCCAGGAAGUUCCAGGGUCCCAUUUGUACGUCUAGAGCGGCUGAAGAUCCAGUCAACGACAGGUCGACUGCUGGUGUCCCGCCCACUGCCGGAUGGACACAGUGACCCUCACCCAGAUCCAGAGCUGAAGACAGGGGGUGCUGUCACUCCGGAGCCAGCAAGAAGCCUGACCAAUGGGGCACUUCACAAGAAAACAUUGAUUGCAAUUCCCAUCUCAGUUCCAUAUGUGUCACUUGAAAGAGUAACACAGGCAAGACUGAAUAAGAUGGAACAGACUGCAAAGGUGACCAAAGGUGACCCUUCAGAAAGGGAUUGUGCAGGGAAGCACCCUCCCAGCAGCCCAUCCCGCAGCUCCCUGGAGAUCGCAGCCUAUCCCGAGCAGGAGAGGCCUGUGGAGCAGCCCUCACUGCCACUACCCUCUACUCAGCCAGAACCUGAGUCAGACCCUGGACCAGAGUCUGAAUCAGAGCCAGAUCUAGAAUCAGAGUCAGAUCUGGAGUCAGAACCAGAUUUGGAAUUAGAGCCUGAUUUUGAAUUGCAUCGUCAUCCAGAAUCAGAUCCAGGUGUAGAUUCAGAACCACAACCAGAAUCAGAUUCAGAGUCUGAAUUGGAGCAACAACUGGAAUCUGAGCCAUUUCCAGAAUCGGAGCCAGAAGUGGAAUCGGAGCCUGAGUCACAGCCAGAGGCAGACUCAGAACUAGAACUGGGAUUGGAGCCACAACUGGAAUCAGAGCCAUAUCUGGAGUCAGAGCCUGAGCAGGACUUUGAGCCAGAUCCAAAACUGGAUUCAGCCCCAGGUCCCCUGUCUAUCCCUCUUGAGCAUGCUGCUGGUGAGGUGGAGCCGGAGCACAGGGAGGAGGCAGAGGUGAUGGAGAAUGAAGAUUUCUGUGCUGUGUGCCUAAAUGGGGGGGACCUGCUCUGCUGCGACCACUGCCCCAAGGUCUUCCACCUGGCCUGUCACGUGCCCGCUCUGCUCAGCUUUCCUGCGGGCGACUGGGUGUGCUCACUGUGUCGGGACGUCCAGCAGCCGGAGGUGGAGUAUGACUGCGAGAACACACGCCUCUCCACAGAUCACAUGGUGAAGGGUGUGUCAUAUGGGCUGUCUGCCUGUGAUCAGAGGAGAUGUGAGAAGCUAACAAUGUUCAUCUCCUGCAACAUCCUCAGUGCUCCCUUCCAUGAACCAGUCAGUCCCCUAGCCCGUCAUUAUUAUCAGAUAAUAAAGAGGCCCAUGGACUUAUCUGUGAUAAGGAGCAAGCUCAACAAGAGGAAUCCUCUACACUACUACACACCUGAAGAAUUUGUGGCAGAUGUCUUUCUUAUGUUCAGGAACUGUGCAAAAUUCAAUUAUCCGGACUCUGAAGUAGCUCAGGCAGGUCGGAGCCUGGAGGCCUUCUUUAACUCCAAACUGAUGGAAGUGUUCCAGAACAAGACUUUCGUACCUGCAGACGACGACUCGGACAGCGAGGAAUACGAUGAGCUCUACAGAGCGGGCGUGGCUGGCUUUCCCUGGCCAGACAGAAAGGAACACUGCCACAGGAAGAGGAAGAGGAGGCGCUCCCCUAACAGGAGGAGGCAUCACUUUUAAGCUAGGUCCU